AUGGGCGCCGGUCGUCGAGGCCCUCAGGGACGGCACCCAGACGGUAGGAUCCUGCUCCGCAAGGGUGGACUGCGCGAACCCGUGUUCCGUCCGGCAGACAGCUCCUUCCUGCUGUUCCCCACCGCCUUCCACACCGAGGACGACCUCCUCCGGCCCCACGCCAAGGAGCGCUACAGAGCGGCCCUGGCAUACGACCCUCGCAGCGCCCGCCACCUGGAGCUGGCCACGGGUGCGGUGCUGACGGGGGCCUGGACCACCGCGGACCCCGCCGUCCUGCAGCUGCUGGCCGACUUCCACAUCUGGGCGCCGCGCUUCCUGGAUGCCCGGCUGAGGUGGCGGCCGCGCCAGCCCAUCACCGUCCUGGAGCUGCGCGCCUUCCGGUGA